AUGUCAAACUAUGCUGACAUUGUUGUACUGAGACAUAAUGAGACUGGCGCAGCAGCGCGAGCUGCAGCAAUCUCCUCCAGGCCGGUGAUUAAUGCGGGAGAUGGAGCUGGGGAACAUCCAACACAGGCUUUGCUUGAUGUGUACACGAUUCGACAAGAGAUUGGUACAUUGAAUGGAGUCACAAUUGCGAUGGUAGGAGAUUUGAGAAAUGGACGAACAGUACAUUCAUUGGCAAAGUUGCUUUGUGUGUAUAAGGAUAUUACUCUUCAUUACGUCAGCCCCGUGCCAGAACUUGGUAUGCCGGAGUCUGUAAUUGAUUAUGUUAAUAAGAAGGCUGGAUUUACUCAGAAAAUUUUCCAUUCACUACCUGAGGGUAUACAGGAUGUUGAUGUGGUUUACGUGACAAGGAUCCAGAAAGAAAGAUUUGCGAAUGAGGAGGACUACAAUAAGGUGAAAGGAAGCUAUAUAUUGACGGCGAAAUUGUUGAAUGCCGCAGCACGACCGCAAGAGUUUGGCGGAAAUAUUCUGGGUAAGCUCAUUUUAGAGGCAUUCGUAUUCUAGCA